CGUCGUUUAUUAGAAUUAUUAGGUGUCUUAUCUUGAGAUUAAAAGUCUUUGAGAGAUUUAAGAAACAAUUCGAGAGAUCUCUGCACAUGUAUGGUUCAUGUUUCUUAGUAAAAACAUGUGGUGGUGAUAGAGGCAGAUGCUGAGGCGGAGGAGAGAGAGGUGAUGAUGGAGAGGAGGAUGAAGCUGAGGAGAAGGAGUUUGGUCCGAUAUUAAAGUUUGAUGAAGUUAUGAAAGAGACGGAGCGUAGAAGGAUUACACUACCAGGGGAUAUGUUGGAGACUGCGAAGUCUGAAAACUGUUUCUUCUUCGUUAUCUCGAUUCUCCAGGGUUCUGUUUCGCCGCUUGGGUUUCUGAUGAGGACAUGCACGAUGCUUCGAAACAGAAUUUUUGCAGACCCUUCGUUUCUCUUAAUAUUUGGAACCGAGAUAGCCAUAGACUCUUGCUGUGCAACGUUUGCGGAAGUGCAGAAGAGAGGGGAAGAUUUCUGGUCUGAGUUUGAGUUGUAUGACGCUGAUCUUUUGGUUGGUCUUGAAGAUUGGUCAAGGACGUACAUCAGAGUGUUCCUUGCAGGAGAGCCUUAAACGUGGAGGAUUGUGACGUUAAAGAAGUUUAGGUUCGACAAACUGAGCCAGAGAGUGUUAAGUCCAUGGCAAGAGAGAUGGUGAUGAUUAAACUAUAUCUCUACCGUCCCACCGUAACAGACAAGGGAAUGUGUACAUACUUUCAAGGAAUGGCUUCAAGAAAAGGAUUUGUGAUCAUUAGAGAGAAAUGAUGCUUACAGUGUUCUCUCUUUGUGCCUUUCUUCUGGCCCUUGGACUGACGGAACAGAGAGUCAUGUCUGAGAAAAGGACCCUGUCGAAUUUGACUUUAGGUCCGAAGAAGAGUUUUGGUUAGAAAUCAAGGAAGGCUUGAUAUGGCAAAAGUAUCUGCUGUUCUUUUAGUUUUCCAGUUUCUUAUGUGAUCAUAAAACUUAACCGUUUCAGGUUUUUGAUGAGGGCUUAGUGAGGACGCAGUCAUUGCAUAUACUGAAAUCAGUUCUAUCAAUAAGCGAAGUGAGUUAGACGAGUUCUGAGAAGAAGCCAGAAGGGAACUCAGUUCAUCGGGCUUUGACGAAAAAGGAGAUGUGGGCAGUAAAGGAAUGUAUUUGAAAGAUUCAUAGAGUUUUAGUUUUGUUGACUCCAAGAUAGCGGUUUAAUACUGAUUAACAUGUAAUGAUGUUUAUAGAAGUAUAUAUAAUUGAAUUUCUUCAA